CGCGCCAAGGGGUGGGCAUCGAGAAGAAGAGGUCAGUCGGAUGGCGGCUGCGGUGGGUGGCGAGAGCGGCGACGACGGUGGGCGACGCAGCUGACGGAGCGCGAGCGAUGCACUCUCUGCGCGACACCCGUCUGUUGGCAGCCUCGGUCGAGAGCGGGAUGGUGACGUGCGGGCGAGGGGACAAGAAGACGAAGAGGGGGAAGCGGUUCAAGGGGUCGUACGGAAACGCGAGGCCGAAGAAGGAGAAGAAGAUCGAGAGGAUCAAGGACCGGGUCGAGGUCCCCAGGUCCACCCCUUGGCCCCUCCCCUUCAAGCUCAUCUAGUUAUUAUUGUGAAAUGCUACCCCAAUCUAGGGUUAGGGUUUUUGCUCCGUCUUCGGCAUGAUUGCUUUCUUAUGUUGAUACGGGAUGGAUUUCUCUGCUGUGUAAUGUUGCCGAUGGGAGUUUGGUCUUGUGCUUUUUGAUCAGUUGAAAACUUUUUAUAGUCUUGUUACUACAAAUUUCUCUCUCUCUCUCUCUCUCAUUUUUUUAAUGUAUGUUUCUGUUCAGUCAGCAAAAAUACUGGUAGAUAAGUAUGAUGUUUGCCUCCUCGAAGACACCAUUGGCAUCAGUUAUCAAUCAGGAACUUUGUAGUCAAAUCUUAUUGAAUAUUUUGAUCUUCUCGGCAGCAAUUGUUUU